AUGGGGGAAGUUUCGCCGCCUCGCAACUCGGGCGCGGCGCCUGCGCCCCCUCAGCAGCGUGCCGAAACGAAUGCAGAAGGCAGAGGCGGGAAGCAAGAGAAAAGGAAAGCGACAGAAGGAGAGGAUCGCCGGUGCUUCGGCGGGGAGGGUAGGGCAUGUGUCUCCACGUCGGCGUGCGCUGAGCCUCAUCUACCGCGUCAGUCGCGACAGGGGAAGGAGGCGAACGGUGAAGAUGAAGCCGCAGGCGACCCUGGAGGUGCUUCGUCUCGCAAAGGGAGUCUGAGCUGUCGGAGGCCAAGCCUCAAUGCAGCUUCGUACGCGCGCACGACUUCCAGCGGAGAGUCCAGAGGCGCCGACGCUCAGCCUGCGGUCUGCGCGGGCGACCUCGUUGCGAUUGAGCCGCUGAGUCAAACGCGGAGGCUACGCAAAGGAACAGAAGUCCCGCUCGCGCGGACGGAGAGAGGCGGCCUCGGGGGCGAGGACAGACAAGAAGCCGAGGGUGGGCACGCAGGUCCAAGGGUCGCGAGUGUGGAAGAGAAGGACGAAGAAGCAGACCGGUGUGCGAAAGAAGCAGAACGAGAAGAAGCGGCAAACCGCGAGGAAAAGAGAGAGGAUCACAGUGGAGUACAGGAGACAGAGGCCUCCAAAGGACGGGACAGGGAUGCCGAAGAAAAAAACGGCGGCAACGGGAUGCGCAAACGAGCCGAACGACAGAGAAGGGAGAAAGGAGAGAAUGGAGAGAAGGAGGGAGGCACGGACGAGGUGAACAGAGGCAGCCCCGAAGCUUUUCAACGGGGCGAAGUCAUCUGCGUGUAUGAGAACGAAGCCAAGGAGACAGUCGCGGACGUCCUGCGGUAUACGGCAGCUGGAAAGCCCUUCAAGAGUCUGAGGGCGGGCAUCCUCUUAGGUAUCCCCGUGUCCCGCCUGCGGCGCCUCGAAGCCCACUGGGACCGGAUCGCCUCCGACCGCCGCGCCGGUCGGUCUGUGCCUUGCCCGCAUCGGGCUUUCCAGUUGCCGCCGUCGCCCUUCUUCACGCGCGCAGUCGAUCGUGAUCGAGGAGCUCUCUGUUUCUUCUGGGACCUAGAAACUACAGGCUUGGAAAUCGCCUCAUGCGAAAUCACGCAGAUCGGCUGCGUACCCCGCCUCUUCCGCGAGGGCCGCUGGGAACGACUUGCCGUCCCUGGUCUCCAGGAGACAGACACGCCCGUCGCCUCCGAGGAGGCAGCGUUUUCGGCGUAUAUUCGGAUAAAAGGAUCCAUUCCCAAAGUCGUGCAGGAGUUGACAGGGAUAACCGAAUCCCUGCUCGAACAGAAAGGCAUUCCGCUGAGCUCGGCGCUUCUUAAGUGGGCUGUGUGGGUGCGCGCGGUCGCGGGCCGCUGCCCUUCCGUGCCCAUCUGGUUCGUUGCGCACAACGGCUCCGCGUUCGACGUGCCGGUCCUGCUGCGGCAAGAGGCUGACGCGAAGGCGGCGGCUGCUGCUGGGCUGUUUCCUGUUGGGUGUUUUUUCCGCGACGUCGAGUGCGCCUUCACCGUCGACACGCUCGCGCUCUCGCGCGCGCUGCCGUGGCCUGACAAGCGCGAACAGUCUCACAGUCUGAGUCUGCUUUUCUCGCAGUUGACCGGCAAAGGUCGGGAGAAAGACCAGGAACACAACGCGCUGGGCGACUGUCUGGUGCUCGCAGAGCUCAUGGAGAAGGAGCCGUUCUUGUCGGCCUGGCAGAGAAUGAACCUAGGCCGGACGCUCGCCGAGGAAGCCCAGCACCAGGCCAGAUGGCAGUGGCUCGACCUGUCGGGUCUCUUCGGGGCUUGUUGA